AUUUGUCUAAGGUCAUAGAACCAAGCUGAGACUAGAACCCAGAUUUCCUGCUUUUCUGUCUAGUGAUACUUCUGAGAGCAUUGGACUUGAGUCAGAAGCUCUGAGUCUAGGUCCUGGCUCUGCCAGUAUGCUGCUUUGUGGUCUGGGCAUAUGAAAAUGGGACGUCGUUCAUCAGAUACUGAAGAAGAGAGUAGAAGUAAGAGGAAAAAAAAGCAUCGAAGACGGUCCUCUUCAAGUAGUUCUUCAGAGAGCAGAACUUUCAGCCGCAGGAAAACAGGAAGGAGAUCAAGGUCCAAAUCAAGAUCUCGGUCCAGAGAUGUGCAGCCCCGCUCGCAUUCUUACGACAGAAGACGCAGGCACCGUUCCAGUAGUAGCUCUUCUUAUGGAUCUAGAAGAAAACGAAGUCGGAGUAGAUCGAGGGGCCGAGGAAAAUCCUAUAGAUCUCAGAGAUCAAGGUCAAAAAGUAGAACAAGAAGGUCAAGGUCAAGGCCUCGUCCACGUUCCCAUUCCCGAAGUAGCGAAAGAUCUGGCCACAGAAGAACUCGUAGCAGAUCUCGCGAAAGAGAACGUCGUAAAGGCCGAGAAAAGGAGAAGAGAGAGAAGGAGAGAGAGAGAGGGAAGGAGAAGGAAUCACACAGCACCAAGCGAGGGGAUUCUGGAAACAUCAAAGCUGGAUUAGAACAUCUGCCACCUGCUGAACAAGCCAAAGCAAGACUGCAACUGGUCCUUGAAGCUGCUGCUAAAGCCGAUGAAGCCCUGAAAGCUAAAGAGCGAAGUGAAGAAGAAGCAAAAAGAAGGAAGGUCGAAGACCAAGCCACCCUGGGAGAACAAGUGAAACGAGUCAAAGAAAUUGAAGCAAUUGAAAGUGACUGUUUCGUUCAACAGACAUUCAGAUCAAGUAAAGAAGUCAAGAAGCCCACCGAUCCUGGAGAAGGAAAGCAAGAGGCCGCAACAUCGGCAACAGUGGCUGCGGAGCCACCACACACUGAAAAAGAGAUAGACCCUGCCAGCAUCCCCACCACCAUCAAAUACCAAGACGAUAAUUCUCUAGCACAUCCCAAUCUGUUUAUUGAGAAGGCUGAAGCCGAGGAAAAAUGGUUCAAGAGAUUAAUUGCUCUCCGUCAAGAACGGCUGAUGGGUAGUCCUGUUGCUUGACUAAGGUGGGGCUGAAACGACAAUAAAAUUGAAAUUUGCUUCUUAAAAUGUAAAGUUGGAAAGGUGACAACUGGGGGUGGGGCGUGUGUAUGUUUAUGUUCUCUGGAGAGCUCAAUAAAGUGGUCUUUUUAGCCCA